CCGACCCCACGUGUUCUCGUCUCCUCUACCGCGGCGCCGGCCUGACGAAAGCUCGGAGCCGACCGAGUGCCGCUGAGACUGAGAUCCUGGACUGGGGAGCCCGAGCUCGGCUGCGCUGCAAGGGGGCCGUGGGAGAGCGCGCGUGAUCCAGCAGGUGACUGAGCCACAUACCAAAAGAAUAUGGCUGCACAAAUAUCAGAAACUGAUCAGAUUAAACAGUUUAAAGAGUUUCUUGGAACUUACAAUAAACUCACAGAAACCUGUUUUCUGGAUUGUGUUAAAGACUUCACAACAAGAGAGGUUAAACCAGAAGAGUCUACCUGCUCAGAACACUGCCUACAAAAAUAUUUAAAAAUGACACAAAGAAUAUCCUUGAGAUUUCAAGAGUAUCAUAUUCAACAGAAUGAAGCUCUGGCUGCCAAAGCAGGACUCCUUGGCCAACCACGAUAGAAAAGCGUUUAUGGAUGGACCUUUCCAUUAAGCAGUGCCAACAGUUGUUGCAUUGGAAGUGGGAGUUCUUUUGAUCUUAAACUGUUGUGAAUAUUUUCACCAUGUCAAUGAUUGUGAGCAUUUGGCAAGUGGAAACCACUGGAGAAACAAAUGUGCUUCUUACCAAGAAUAAGCAAAGUACAAGAUCUUGUCUUAUUGUGCAGUGAAAAUACUAAGAUGCAACUUUUGUUGGGGCCUUAAAAUUCAACAGCCUGGCCACUUGAUUAGCAAAAUAAACCAUUGUUUCUUCAA